GAAGUCUUUAGAGGGGGGGACAAUUACUAUAGAAAAUUACAUGCAAGUAAUUAUCAUUUAUUGGAAAAAUACAAACAUAAUAAGUAUUUCAGAUUUUUAUGUUUAAAAAAUGAAAUUCAAAUUAAUGGAGUUUCCGAACAUAAUGAGAAUGAUGAUUCUGAAAAAAAAAAGAGAUCGAAAAAAUAUGCAUCAAAUAUUGCAGGUCAUAAAUCAGGAAUGAAAAAUAAAUCUUGUAUAUUUAAAACAAAAAAAUAUUCCCAUUUCAAGGAACUUGAUUAUACGAGUUUUCUUCAAAAUAACAGGACAAUUAGUAAUAAGGUUUACUCAAAAAUAAUGUGUAAAAAAUACGGAUUGCGUAUUGUUUUACCUUUUUUAUUAAUAAUAUUUAUAGUAGAAGUAUCAAUAGUGGUAGUUUAUUGUAUCAUUUAGGUUUGGACAAGGAAUCUUUAGAAUCUUUAUCAAAAAAAUAAUGGUCCAUGGUCACCUAUUGUAGGAGUAUUGAAAAUUUGGGAGAAUUUUUGCAACACAGUGCAUCUUGAUCGGGUGCAGUUUUAUGUGGCUGGUUAUGUGUAUAUUAGGAAACUUUUUUAUUUCGUACCUUUCGUUUUAUUAAGUAUCACUGUUAUAUCAGGAAUUUUUUAUUACCAUAAAAAAGUUAAAAAAUUCGAAAAAAGGUAA